AUGCGCAAAUGCACCCCCACCAGCCCCCCAAAAACAAAGCCCCCUGUGAAAGUGCACCCCCACGAAAAGAAAACCCACAGCAUCCAGGUCCUAGAACAUGCCCGACACCCAUACCCCUGCCAAAUGCAGCCCCGCAAGGAGACCCACCCCGAGGCCCACAAAAGGCAAAGAGAGCCCACAGAGCCAAAACCAAAAGCCAUCAGGAAGUCGAGACCAGUCCACCCCGAGACCAACCCCAGCCAGCCCGCACACUCGAACCAUGCAGACCCCUCCGAACCCCCUCCCUCAGACAGAAAAGGGACUGGCAUCAGUAACCGGAACCAAGACAAGGAACCAGAAACUGAGCCGGAACCACCCAAGACCAAACAACGCCCACACCCAUCCAAGGCCAACCACCCCAGAAGGAAACCUACACCCACCCCAACAUUUGAACAACUCCCAGAGCACAUAAGACAUUGGACACCCAGGUUGACCCCACCUCACCCCCUCCCGCAGACCCUCCACCCCACCAGCAGAAUGUACUCCUUGAAGGAAGGAGCACCUGCAAUGAGAUGGGACCUACCCACUAGUUUCGGAGGCCCCUAUGCCCACCGAUGCACCAAAGGUCUCCGAGCCAGGGCUGGGUGCCCGGGAAUGCAGCAGCCCAAAACCCCGGCGACAUACCCGCCAGGACCCAAGACCGCCAAGGCCCAACCAGGACCCCAGCCUGGGGGGGGGUGA